AUGGAGAUCCAGCGGUGGAGUACAAAGCGUGUACAGCGCCGUCUCCCUGGCACCAAUAAGCUGCUGUACAGCCAGAACGAGGAGCGCUAUUACAUGGAGAGAGACGACGAAUCACUCAACCUGCUAGAUGACAAGGCAGAUAAAAUCAAGAACCCCAACUCCCUGCAGAACUCUCUACAGAGCGGCAAGUGGCAGCUGGGAUUCCAAGCAAUGUCCUUUGACCUCUAUGCGAAGUACGGUAACAACCGUACCCUGAGCUUGGUGAGUCCCAAGAAGCCAUACUACCAGUGGCGCCUUCGUGUCCCGUCAGGUCAUGUGGUGCGUCUGGUCGUCCUCACCCUGCACGGAGCCACACCCGGAAGCUGCUCCUCCCACAAACUGUCUGCCUAUGACUUCCUGUUGCCACUACAGAACAAGAUCAUCGCCAGGUGGUGUGGUCUCCCAGUGUCUGGCUCAUCUCCUGUAAUGAAGCUGACGUCGUCUGGUAACGUGAUGCUGGUCACCUUCUCCUUCAGCAGACAGAGAGAUGGAGCCAUCUUCAAGGCCUACUUCCAGGCCAUUCCCAAAGCAGGUUGUGGAGGCUCUCUGUCCUCCUGGAAUGGCUCUCUGUCCUCUCCGUACUACCCUGCCCACUAUCCCCCAAACAUCGACUGCAGCUGGACCAUACGGGCGCCGUUGCCUGGAUACCUGAUCUCCAUGACAAUUGUGACGUUGAAUAUCCAGGACUCUUCGUCUUCGGACGGCUGUGAGAAAGACUGGCUGGACAUUGGAGGGGUCAAGCUGUGUAACCCCAUGACUGACAGCAGCAGAAAGAAAACCUACUCCUCUCCCGUCUCUCUACACUUCCACUCUGAUGAGUCUGUCACUCACAAGGGCUUCUACCUUCUCUACAGAGCAUUCUCCCCUGAGAGCACGUGUCCUGGCCAGUUCCGCUGUGGGGAUGGGAGGUGUGUUCCUCUCAGGAAGGUGUGUGACGGAGUCAGAGACUGUUCAGACGGACGGGACGAGGCUAAAUGCCCGACCUGUCGUCCAGGUGAGGUGUAUUGUGGGAACGGUCAGUGCCGGCCUCACAGCAGCCAAUGUAACAGCCAGAGUAAAUGUGGAGAUAGCAGCGAGGAGGCCGACUGUGCAGGUCAAUGCUACCACAUGUGCCACAACAAGGUGUGUGUCUCCAAGUCCUCAGUUUGUGAUGGUGUCAUAGACUGCAAGGACCGCAGUGAUGAGAUCAACUGCACUAAAGCAUUCCAUAAGGGCUGCUCUCCAUCCUCCUAUAAGUGUGCCAAUGGGAAGUGUGUGAAUAAGAUCAACCCAGAGUGUGACGGCGUCAAAGACUGUUCUGAUGGAUCAGACGAGACGCGCUGCGGUUGUGGCACCCGGCCCAGGAAGCGUGCUAAGAUAGUGGGCGGGUCUGAUGCGGGGACGGGGGCGUGGCCGUGGCAGGUCAGUCUACAGAUGGAGCGCUAUGGGCAUGUGUGUGGAGCGACCCUGGUCACCAGCCGCUGGCUCAUCUCUGCUGCACACUGCUUCCAGGACUCUGACACCAUCAAGUACUCUGAUGCGCGGUCUUGGCGUGCCUACAUGGGCGUGCGUGUGAUGAACACGGCCAGCAACGCUGCAGCCACCAGACAGAUCCGUCGUAUCAUCCUCCACUCCCAGUACGACCAGUUUACCUCUGACUACGACAUCGCCCUGCUGGAGCUCAGCACCCCUGUCUACUUCAAUGACUUGGUACAGCCCGUCUGUGUCCCCGCCUCUUCCCACGCCUUCACCACCGGGACCAGCUGCCACGUCACGGGCUGGGGGGUCCUGAUGGAGGAUGGUGAGCUGGCAUCUCUGCUGCAGGAGGCCACAGUGAAGAUCAUCAACAGGAACAACUGUAACAAGCUAUAUGAGGACGCUGUCACUCCCAGGAUGCUGUGUGCUGGCAACCUGCAGGGAGGAGUGGAUGCCUGUCAGGGUGACUCAGGGGGUCCUCUGGUGUGUCUAGAGAGGGGUCGGCGGUGGUUCCUGGCGGGGAUCGUGAGCUGGGGGGAGGGGUGCGCUCGGCAGAACCGCCCUGGAGUCUACACACAGGUCACCAAGUUCACGGACUGGAUCCACCUGCAGACUAAAGGACAGGUCUGACGGACUGGCAGUCUGACAGACAGACGUCUGGAUGACAUCAGCAUGUGAACAGACUCAGUGGCUGGCACCAUGUCACUGUAACGGGGGUAAAGAGACAUCACCACGCAACCCCUGCUUUAUGAUUUAUACCAGGCCCCAUGUCACUGACA